UCAGCAGCAGCCGUACAGUGACUGACACUAGUCGUUGUUGUCUGUCUGUGGCGAAGGGUCUUGCAGCAGUCGUCACCACCGUAGGUAAAACAGCAGUACGGAGGCGAUAACCUGCUAUCCGACAUCGUCUAGGGACUGUGCGUGUGUGCCUCCGUCUGUGUGAUGAAAGCAAGCUUAUUGGUCGUGGCGGUCAGCAUUAACUGGAGCUAUCGCCGCGUCUGCUUGCCAGCCGCUGUUUCAGCCAGUAUAAUUUUGGAGACGCAGGCCACGCUAUUAUUAUGUUACGGUGUUGGAACCAAAAGCAGCAGCAAAAGUCAAAAGCCGACUUUCUACAAAUGCCAGAGUUGUUACAUGAGCACUGAAUGGAGCCGGCAGUAUUUAGGUUAAAUGUUUUGGUUCGCGUGCUAUUGAGGAGUGCAUAGGAGAGUUUGGAGAUCGGCAACCACACGAACACAGCAUAGGACAGUAAUCAUGGUUUGUUUGCUUUAGUCGACACCACAUUGCUGAUUUUCAAUUAAUCGAGCUUUUAGGACGUUUGGUCUCAGCAGCAAAUAGUUAGUGCUAUUGUUGGAUUUUGAGCACGACGUCGGCUUUUGUCGACAGGGAUGAAUUGACAAUAAUUAAAGCCGAGUGAUUAGCAAAGAGUCAAAGAGAAAAAAAUAAACGUAAGCUCGUAUAGGCAGUUAACAGAAGCACCAACAAAACGUAACCAUCGAAAGGAUCCAAAGGCUUCAAAUUGUCUCAUGGCCUCAUCGCGUUUUCGCAGUAUUGUUUAACCGAAGAUUCUACUACAACUCCCUCGAAUUCAUAUUGCUGUUGUUACUCUGACAUAACAGUUUCUGCCACGCAGCAUUUUCCUACCCUGGUAUCCACUACGGGAGAUACCAAUAAGACAAAACGUCGAUAAAUAGCUCAAAAGUUCGUGCUUUUGUCAAAGUAAUCUUAGUUUGCCUCUAAUGCCUGCUUGUGGGUAAGCAGAACUGUGAAGUGGUUGAUAGCUUGUGUUUCCUCAGUGGUGUGUAAAAAGCCGGCACGGCGAGAGCGGACGAAACGGAACAUGUUCGGAAACUCCUCCAAAAUAGAGAACAGUGAGUUAACAUCUCCGAAAGCCUGCAACUUGGUCUAAAUGAAAAAGGAGGACGAUAUUCCAUAUACCGGAUCAGCAACACUAACAGGUGUAGUUCACAGCGAAACGACUUGUAGCUGAAAUACGAGCGUUCCGUUCUCGUCGUGAGUUGAGCUUCAUAAGGCGGUAGUGAGUUCAGAAGUAGUUGUUGAAAGAGCAACAACAAAAGUUGUCAAAAUUAUGGCAUCUAAAUUUCAGUAUGAUGAAAGUGGAAGUACGUUCUUUUAUUUUUUGCUCGCCUUUUUGGCAAUGGUAAUCUUACCCUGUACGUACUAUCUAUGGCCACGAAAACCAAAAGAAGACGUUGAGGAGGACAAAAAGAAAUGUCAAUGCCCACCUUGUCAGACGAAGAACGCUCGACUUAAGGAGAUUGCCCCAUGGACUAAAACAAAAAAUAGUAUCAUUCGCGUCCUAAUAAUUAUUGGAUGGAUUGCGAUGUUCGCAUGUAUCUACAAGGUUAAACACCUUGAGGACACGUGGGUAAAAUGGGAUCCGUAUGAGAUUCUCGAGUUGGACCCUGGUGCGACUACCGCGCAAAUAAAAAAAGCCUAUCGCCAGCUCUCCCUUAUCUAUCAUCCAGACAAACAGGAAACAGGUGAUGAUGCUAAAUUUAUGAAGAUCGCAAAAGCAUAUGCUGCUUUGACGGACGAGGAGGCCCGGAAAAACUGGGAAACCUAUGGAAACCCAGACGGACCUGGUGCCAUGUCAUUUGGCAUCGCGUUGCCGUCGUGGAUUGUCGAAAAGGAGAAUUCAUUUUGGGUGCUUGGCGCCUACAUGUUGGUGUUUAUGAUCGGUUUACCCACAGCUGUCGGCGUGUGGUGGUACCGCUCCGCGAAGUAUGGCGAAGACCUUGAAGUUCUACUUGACACAACGCAGCUGUACUUCUAUUUUAUAAAUCGUACAUCGCUGAUGACACUGAGACGAGUCGUCAUGAUCAUUGCAGCAUCACUCGACUUUAAGUCUGACCACAAUCCCGAAAUGAAAAUGCGGCCUACUGACAACGAAGAAAUUCCACAACUCAUCAAAAAGAUCGAAGAUUUUGGCGAGAAGAAUCGUGAGCCUCCACUGAACUACGAGUACUCAAUUAAGGCAAGAGCAUUGUUGUACGCUCACCUGCUGCGACUGCCUUUGAACGCUGGCGCCGCCAAAGACAUGAGGUAUAUCGUCAAAAAGUGCCCUGUUCUCCUUAGCGAAUUCGUCUCGUGCACAGCUCAGCUGGUAAUGCUAAACCUCAAUGGUCACAUACCUCGUAUGCCUAAGCUAGAGACGUUAGAGAAUGCUAUCAAGUUAUGCCAGCUCGUCGUGCAAGCCUUGUGGGAGAAUCGCAAUCCGUUGCUACAAAUCCCGUACGUGCACGAGGAGCAUUUACGAUAUUUUAUAGCAAGGAAAACCCAUAUCCGAAGUAUCGAUCAGUUGCGACAGCUGAGCGAAACGAAGCGACGUGAAAUACUACGUUUCCUGGACGACACGCAAUACCUUGAGGUUCUUAAAUGCCUCGAGCGGAUGCCAUCGAUCGAGGUCCGUUACAAGCUCGAAGUUAUCGACGAUGAGGAUCCCGACACGAUCACGGCUGACUCAUUAGUAACGUUGACGGUUACGAUGCGAAGACGUAAAUGCGAUGAGGUGCUCAACCGCACUGAGGAAGAGAUCAAAGAGGAAAGGGAUGACGAUAAACCAAAACAGAUUAAUUGGCUCAAGAAGGGACAGAAUAAGAAAGCCGGAGGCAAGAAAAAGGCAAAGAGCAAAAAACCGACAAACGUACGAAUUGUCAGCAAAGUUACCGAGGAGGGCGACAAUGAUAGCGAAGAGGAGGAAAGUAAGGAAAACAAUGUUCCCCGCGAGAACGGAGUCGAAUCAGCGACUGACGCUGGGCGCGAAAGUCGGGCUUCUCAUAAGGACAAUGAAAGUGGUGACGGAAGUGGCAACGAAGGCACAGAAGUUCGGCAACGGCUAAAGCCGUCUAGCCAGGGCAAGGAUAGCGACAGUGACGCCGAGGGUGGUAACGCUCUCAAAGUUGUUGAUAAAGAUAGAGAAUCAGAUUAUGAAGAAAAGUUGCAUUUUGACGACGUCAACGCAAAGAAAAAGAAAAAGAAGAGCAUGGACAAAAUUCCUAAGAUCUCGCAUUCGGUACAUGCCCCAUACUUUCCUGUGGAUAAACAGGAGUUCUGGUGGGUGUACCUCGUCGACAAAAAGCAACAACAACUAACAACGGUACCGUUCCUUAUGACGAAUUUGGUCGAAGAAGAGGAUGCCAUUCUGAAGUUCUCUGCCCCACAUCGGCCCGGCACUUAUCACUACACCUUGCAUGUGAAAAGUGACUCUUACGUUGAGGAUUUCGACCAGCAGAUUGACGUCAAGAUCGAGGUAAAGCCAGCAAAACCAGUUGUCGAAUCUCACCCACAGUGGGAGGCCCUCGAUGAGGAGUCGGAAGUGGAACUCGAGGAUUCGGCAGUAGAGGAUUCUGAUCUCUGCAGUAAUGACGAAAUUGAUUCAGAUAACGACGACUAGAGAUACCUAUUAUCGCUACUAUUGGAAGACCUAGACUAAAAAUAACUAGACCAAGCUGUGUUCUUUGUUGACUUAUCUUUGUGACUUAUCUUUGAAAAAUCAUCGACAAUGCGAACAUACUUAUACACACGCAUUGUUUCGACUGCCAUGUCGUGUCUGAGGCAUUGAUUCGCGCGUCGGUGGUCUUAUGCAGCGGCCACGAAAUAUUUCUGUAUCGCACCAUGUAAUCAUCCCAUGUAACCAUGUAUCAAUGACAUGUUGGUGUAUGUAUCAAAUAUAUCGACGAUUGCUCGAGGAACAUGACAAAAAAGCGUUUCAUCCUGUUUCGUUUUCUGGCCGACAUAUGUUUUCUCCUUCGGGCUCAAAAUCUAGGAUAUGUAAUUGUUGCUUUACGGAUUUAACCAUAUUUUAUCAUGACAGACAGAGCUUGCUGUUAACUGGUUUUUCAUCCUCUUGGAGUUCUAGUAAAUUUGAUAUACGGUUACAUUAAUAGCGUACUGAGCGUAAUUCUUACCAAAUGUAUCCAAAAACGCGCAACAUGGGGAAGAUAUCAUUAUAUUAGGGAACAUGCCAACCGGAUAAAAGGAAUCUUAAUACGUCUAGAAAUAUUUAAAACAUUUCGAACAAGGCCCCCAAAAGGACAACACACGAUAUCCUAAAGCAUUUUAUAUGUUACUCAUAAGAUGUGCUUGAGAUUUUUGACGUGAUAUAGAACUGCGUUUGAAUCAAUAGUAUCAACAUAAAAUCGGAUUAAAAAACAAGUUAUAGUGUACACGAACUUGGCCCUACAUUGCCUCAGACAAACGUUAUGACUGCUGCAGCCAUUAUCAAAACAGCCGAGAAAAGACGAGACUGCUAUUAGGCGCAUACUUUUCUGUCGACAUAGGCGGCGAUUUUGUCCUUCAACAGAGAUGACAAAACAAUGAGACGAAGUCUAUCUUCUUAUGAAGCGAACUACAAAUCUCUUAGGAAGUAAAAAGAGCCGAUUUACUAUUAAGGUGAUGAUCAAUAUUAUAUAUAUUGAUAAUUAAAAAAGAUUUUGGUAUAUUUUA